AUGAUGCACAUCAAGCUGCUCCCGAUGGGAGCCGACGUCAACGCCAUGUACGCCGACCACAAGACCUUCUACCCGGGUGACUGCGGGCUCGACCUCUUUUGCCCCGAGACCGUCACCGUUCCCCCGCACACGACGCAGUCCGUCGGCCUCAAGGUUAAGAUUGCGGCAUACAAGAAGACAAGCCCGGAAGACCGCGACACCGACAGCAUGAAGAACGUUGGCUGGCUGCUGAUGCCCCGCAGCAGCAUCGCGAAGACUCCGCUGAGGCUUGCGAACUCAGUUGGUGUCAUCGACGCUGCAUACCGCGGAGAGAUCAUCCUCGCACUCGACAACAUCCGCGACGAGCCUUACACCAUACAGAAGGGAGACCGUCUAUCCCAGGUGGUGUCCUACGAUGGAGAGGAGAUAUCCUACGAGGUAGGUGGAAGUCCAUUUCCAUGUUGCGUGUCGUUACGUGAUGCAUGGCUCCCCAUUUUGUGUACCACCCCUCCGGAUGAUCUGAACCAGCCAGCGCACAAAGAUGCAACAUCCCGCUCGAAAAUUAGUUCGGAGUAUGCUAUGAAGUGUGUUAGCCCGCUAGAAAGAGGCAGGAUGUAUAGAGCGCGACGUAGUGUCUGCGCAGCGGGUUGCGGCACUGCCGCCACCGGGUAA